AGCUAAUUCCUCCCACAAAAAUGCAAAUCACACAAACGAAUUUGGUUCCAAAAUAUGGGAACACCAACAAAUUUGGGGCAGUGGCCUCUUCUUGUUUAUGUGUUUUCUUUUUGUUUAAUUAUAACUAGUGCAACUGUUGAGUAUAAGUCUUACUUUCAUCCUUAUGGAUCCAUAACAUAUAACAAACCACCACCUCCUUCAUCUCCUCCAUUUUUACCACCACCUUCUCCUCCACCAUCAUAUUAUUAUAGGUUUCGACCAUCACGUCAUAAAAAUAAAUCACCACCACCACCAUCUCCACCACCACCUUCUCCAUCACCACCUCCACCAAAGUCUUCUCGUCCGCUUCGUAACGUUAAAUCACCACCACCUCCACCAAAGUCUUCUCGUCCGCCUCGUAACGUUAAAUCACCACCACCUCCACCAAAGUCUUCUCGUCCACCUCGCAACAUUAAAUCACCACCACCUCCACUGAAGUCUUCUCGUCCACCUCAUAACAUUAAAUCACCACCACCUCUACCCAAGUCUUCUCGUCCACCUCAUAACAUUGAAUCACCCCCACCCCCACCGAAGUUUUCUCGUCCAGCUCGAAACAUUAAAUCACCACCACCUCCUUCACCAUCUCCACCACCACCUCUACCAAAGUCUUCUCGUCCACCUCGUAGCAAUAAAUCGCCAUCACCUCCUCCACAUUAUCACAAAUCUUCACCACCACCUCCACUGAAGUCUUCUCAUCCACCUCGCACUAUUAAAACACCACCACCUCCACCGAAGUCCUCUCGUCCACCUCGUAACAUUAAAUCUCCACCACCACCUCCACCUCUAUCUUCUUAUCCGCCUCAUAAUAAUAAAUCACCACCACCCCCUUCACCAUUACCACCACCUCCUCCUUAUUAUCACAAAUAUUCACCACCACCUUCUCAAACUCCACCAUCAUCAUCAUCAAUAAUUUCUCCUCCUCCAUUACAUUACGAUAAGCCACCACCAUCUCUAUCUCCAUCACCAUUGUUAUCCCCAUCUGUAUCGUUACUUUUAUCUCCAUUGCAAUCACCAUCUCCAUCUUCACCACCAUCCCCAUCUUUAUCUCCAUCACCAUCACUAUCAUUAUCUCCAUUUCUAUCACCACCUUUAUCUCCAUCAAAAUCUCCAUCUCCAGCAUCAUCACCAUCUCCAUCUCUAUCACAACCUCCAUCUCCAUUACAAUCUCCAUUUUCGCCUCUAUCUCCCAUGACACCUCCAUCUCCAUCUCUAUCACCAUCUCCAUCUCAAACUCAAUCUCCAUCAUAUUCUCUGUCUCCAUCGCCACCGCCUCCUCCAUCUAUAUAUAUAUUGCAACCAUCUCCAUCACCAUCUCCAUCUCUAUCACAACCUCCAUAG